GUCUGCUGGGUGGAUCAUGGCUGACGCCACGGUUCACUAGUGGAUGAGCUUGUACGUUGCGGGUUCGCGCAGGAGAAAGGAGUCCUGGUCUAUAUAUGGUUGCUUCAAGUCCGUCGCAGACAGCGGAACUACAAGACCAUCACAGUUCUGCAACACUCCUUUGGUUCACACUUCAUUGUCCUUACAGCUGGGCUGUUAGUCUUCAUUCAUUCUAUCAAGAGGUAGUCCUGCUACCUAUCCACUCCUUAGCGACUCGGAGAUAACACUCAUUCACCUUGCAUUGCGCCAUACAUUCCUUCUAUAGGCGCCAUGCGGACUGGUACUGCCCUCCUGACGGCUCUUGGCCUUACGGUGCAGAUUGGUAAUGCAAGAUAUACAUUGCUGGAUGACUAUACCAGCUCGUCCUUCUUUGACCGCUUUAGCUUUUACACUGACACGGAUCCUACCCACGGGUUCGUCAGCUAUGUUGGCCAAUCCACCGCUCAGAGCGGCGGCCUGAUCUCAACUAACGCUGAUGGCUCGGUCUACAUGGGCGUGGACCACACCAAUGUGGCCAGCAGCGGCCGGGAGAGCGUGCGCAUCACCAGCAACAGCCAGUAUACCCACGGGCUGUUUAUUGUGGACCUGGCGCAUAUGCCUGGUGGAAUUUGCGGCACCUGGCCCGCAUUCUGGCUCCUUGGCUCCAACUGGCCGAACAACGGAGAGAUUGACAUCAUCGAAGGCGUCAAUCAGCAGACCGAUGACUUGAUGACCCUGCACACCAGCGACGGAUGCACGAUCAACAAUUCUGGCUUCACCGGCACCCUGACGACCAGCAACUGCUAUGUCUAUGCUCCGGAUCAGUCUAGCAACGCGGGCUGCAGCAUCACCUCCCCCAGCUCCCAGUCUUACGGAUCGGCCUUCAACUCUCUCGGAGGUGGUGUCUACGCCACCGAAUGGACAAGCUCCGCCAUCAAGAUCUGGUUCUUCCCCCGGGGCAGCAUUCCCUCUGAUAUCACAAGUGGCAGUCCCACCCCGUCCUCCUGGGGAACACCAGCCGCCAACUUUGCCGGUUCUUGUGAUAUAGACUCGCAUUUCAGCGCCAUGCAGAUUGUCUUCGACACCACCUUCUGCGGCGAUUGGGCCGGGAACGUCUGGAGUUCGGGGUCCUGCGCCUCCUACGCAAGUUCCUGCACAGACUACGUGGCGAACAACCCGUCUGCAUUCCAAGAUGCGUACUGGACGAUCAAAUCGCUGAAAGUCUACCAGGAUAGCAGCAUCAACAGCGUGCGCAAUUCAACCACGUCAAGACGCUGGCCAGGCAUGUCGCAGAUGGGCCGCGGGCCGGCAUUUAUUAAAAAGGGCCGAAGAGGUCCCGGGGGAUACGAAUAUGCUUUCCGCGGGUGAUUUCACGAUAGAACGAGAUACGGUCGGUAGAAGAUAGACUACUUAGAUGGUUCCUCGAUUCGUUUGGCUCUGCUUCGGGUUGGUUCUGUUGUUGGUGUUUUUUUUUUUCGGGUUCGAGACCCAGGGACAUUCGCUUCACUUGACAUAUUCAAUCCUUGCUUUCUUCCUUCCUUUUUUUCUUCACAUUCGUUUCUGGGAUAUGAGGGACCCUGUGCACCGACUUACCUUGCAGUUCGCAUUCGCUUACCGGGAGGGGAAGCUAGGAAGAGGGCUAUUCAUUCGUUUUUGGCGAAGACGGUAGAUGGAUAUACGCAUCGCCUUCGUGGUUUCUUUUCAGAGAUUCAAGACGCUCGUUUUUGGCUGGACCAACUCAGGAUUUUCGAAUGAUGGUUUGAGGGAGGGAAUAGAUCUAGCGG